AUGCUGAAGGAUUUCAUGGCAAGGAAUGAUGCCAUUGUUCAGAGUCAAUCAGCAUCAAUAAAGAAUUUGGAGAAUCAAGUAGGACAGUUAGCUGAUGCCAUGAGAAGCGGACCCAUAGGCACACUGCCUAGCAACACUGGAAAUCCAAGAAGAGAAGGGAGUGAGCAGAUCAAGGCCAUAACAUUGAGGAAUGGGAAAACAGUAGAUGAACCAGACCAUAUAAAAGACUAUCACAAGAUGAAGGAGCUAGAAAGCCAGAAUGCAGGAGAGAAGGUUGUUGUGGAAGAAGAUGUUGGAGAGCAACAGGUUGACACUCAGACCAAAAGUCUAGAACAGAAUGCAGCAGCAAAGAAGCAGUAUAGUCAGCCUGCUGACAAAGCAAGUAGACCACCACCUCCUUUUCCUCAGAGGUUCAUGGAUGUGCUAGAGCAAUUACAUAUCAAUGUUCCAUUGGUAGAAGCUCUUGAGCAAAUGCCUAGCUAUGCAAAGUUCAUGAAAGACAUCUUGUCAAGAAAAAAGGAUUCAAAGAAAAGAAAAGCACAACCACCAAAGCCUUCAAUUGAAGAACCACCACUGCUGGAGCUUAAGCCACUGCCUGAUCACUUGAGAUAUGCAUACUUGGGGGAGAAUGAUACUCUGCCCGUAAUAAUUUCAUCUCAUUUGACCAAGUUGCAGGAGGGGCAGUUGCUAGAUAUAUUGAAGAAACACAAGACAACCUUGGGGUGGACCAUUGCAGAUAUAAAAGGAAUAAGUCCCUCACUGUGUAUGCAUAAAAUUUUGCUGGAGGAAGGCUACAACAGUACUGUACAGCAUCAGAGGAGGCUGAAUCCUAUGAUGAAAGAGGUUGUGAAGAAAAAAGUUAUAAAAUGGCUAGAUGCAAGAGUAAUAUACCCUAUUUCAGAUAGCCAAUGGGUGAGUCCAGUUCAAUGUGUUCCAAAAACAGGAGGAAUUACAGUGGUAGAAAAUGAAAAUAAUGAGUUAAUAUCUACAAGGACUGUAACAGGAUGGAGAAUCUGCAUGGACUAUAGGAAGUUGAAUGAUACAACAAGGAAGGAUCACUUCCCCUUGCCAUUUAUUGAUCAAAUGUUGGAUAGACUUGCAGGCAAGGAGUUUUACUGCUUCUUAGAUGGGUAUUCAGGCUAUAAUCAGAUUGCUAUAGCACCUGAAGACCAGGACAAGACUACAUUCAUAUGUCCUUAUGGAACCUUUGCAUUUAUAAGGAUGCCAUUUGGACUGGGUAAUGCUCCAGCAACCUUCCAGUGUUGCAUGAUGGCUAUAUUCACAGACAUGGUGGAAGACUUUGUAGAAAUAUUCAUGGAUGAUUUCUCAGUUUUUGGGGAGUCAUUUGAUUCAUGUCUUGCCAACCUAUCAGAUGUACUUCAGAGACGUGAAGAUACUAAUCUUAUACUUAAUUAG